AUGGCGGAAGCUAGGAACUUUCAACAAUCAAUCAGGGAUCAAACCCACGUCUCAACCACAUUCGCAGCCCACCUUCUCUCCAGAAAACACAACUCUAACGUUGUUUUCUCUCCGGUUUCAAUCCAUGCUGUCCUGAGCUUACUAGCCCAGGGUACCACAGGUCGAACACGCGACCAACUCCUUGCUUUCCUCAAAACAAAUACUACCCAUAACCUCAACUCUCUUUAUUCACAGUAUGUGUCCUCUAUCUUUGGGGACAGUAGCUCCAGUGAUGGACCUCGGUUGUCUUUUGCAAACGGGGUUUGGGUUGACAAAACCCUUUCUUUCAAACCUUCUUUCAAGCAAGUUGUCGACGACGUUUAUAAAGCCGUUUGCAAACAAGUCGAUUUCCAAACGAAGGCUGCCGAGGUAGCCGAUGAAGUGAAUUUGUGGGCUGAAAAGCAAACAAAUGGCCUUAUCAAAGAACUCCUUCCUGCUGAUGAAGUAAGCAGUCUCACCAGACUCAUCUUUGCAAAUGCCCUCUACUUCAAGGGAACAUGGAGUGUCCCCUUUGACCGAGAACGGACAAAAGAAUCCGAUUUUUACCUCCUUGGUGGAAACAAAGUACAGGUUCCCUUCAUGACCAACAACGAAUUCAAAGUUGUGUAUGAAUAUGAUGAUUUCAAAGUACUAGAUCUUCCCUAUUUACGAGGUGAAGAAAGACGUAAGUUCACAAUGUACUUUUUCCUCCCAGAUGCAAAAGACGGCCUUCAAUCAUUAGUACAGAAAAUUGGUUCCACAUCUGACUUUUUAGAUAGUCACAUUCGAGGUCAACAAGUAGAAGUCAGGCGGCUUUUGCUACCAAAAUUUAAGAUCGAAUUCAGGUUUAAAGUUUGUGAUACGUUGAAGGAAUUAGGGCUCGUGUUGCCAUUCACGGGUGAAGAUGGUUUGACUGAAAUGGCUGAUUCGUCUGCUGGUGAAAGGCUUCAUGUUUCGAGCAUUCACCAAAAAUCUUUUAUGGAGGUGAAUGAAGAAGGUACAGAAGCAGCGGCCGUUACAUAUGAGCCGGAUGAAGGUUGUGCGUGGAAUGAAGAGGAGCCCAGGAAGGUGGAUUUCGUAGCGGAUCAUCCGUUUUUGUUUGUGAUAAGAGAAGAUGUGACGGGGGUUGUCUUAUUUAUGGGACAAGUAAUUGACCCGAGUGUGGCACAUUUCUUAAACUAUCAAGUGCCUGGUGAAACAAGUCCAUUCAUAAAUCAAGAUAUUUACGGAAAAAAACCAUUCAAGGACUAUGAUGAUAAUAUGGGCUACUACGCCAGUCCAUUUGUAAACUGCCAAGUUCCUGGAUAUGAUUUCAUGGGGUUGAACCAAGAUAUUGUCGGACAAAGUUCUUUCGCCAACUCUACAAGUGCGCCAGGCUAUGACUUCAUGGGGUUGAACCAAGAUCAAGCAUCACAGGUGAUACACAACUAUAUUCAUCUAAUUCCAAAAAUCUUCCGUGCGUAUGUUACACGCAUACAUAACGUGUUAGGUGAUGGAAAUUGUGGGUUUCGGGCGACAGCUUCUGCUCUCGGGUACGGUGAAGAUGAAUGGUUAUUUAUCCGGAGAUCACUGAUGGAAGAGCUACUCGAGUUUAGAAAUAAGUACACUAAGGAUUUCUUAGGCUCAUUCGAAGAUGUGUUCACGUCCUUGGCUUGGUCAGGAUCGGGGGUUGCACCUGAAAAACACUGGAUGAUUAUGCCAGAGGCAGGAUUCUUGAUUGCGAACAAGUUUAAUGUGAUCGUUCAUUUUUUAUCUCAAGAAAAAAGAAACAGUUCUACUUCUUUUUCGCUUUGGAGAGGCCCUCACGAGUUCCCAGAAAAAAAAAUUACAAUUGCACACGUGAAUGGUAACCAUUUUAUAAUGGUAGAAUUGCAAGGAGAGUAUCCAAUUGCCAGCACAAACAACCUAUGGAAAUUAAUGAGAGAAAAUGAUGCAACUGGCUGGGAGAAUAUAUUCGAAUGUACGUCAAAAUAUGUAUAA